CGCAGUUUGAAGGCACAACAACUACCGCUGAAGUUCCUGCAAUUCAUCAUCUACCAAAAUCAUGAAUUCCUUCUUAGUCUGCACUUUCUUGGCCACCUUAGCUCUGCUCGCCUGCGCCGAAGAUAUCAAAGUAGUCACUCCAAGUCCUUCAACGUCUGCCAUUGAUCGUGUAACAAGCAUAGUGAAAAAGAAUGUCCUAAGCGACAACGAUGCAAGCAAAUGGUCUGUCGUGCCGAACGGUUAUGGAAGCGCCGCGGUCACAGGCGGUGCAGUGGCGGUUGGUGUGGUCGUCCUGCUGGCUAUCGCCGCAGUGAUCGGUCCACUGUUCGGUUACAGGCUCUGUCAGAUUUUCAACACCUGCGACGUGGUUGCCGCUCAAUCCUUCAACAGCGACGGGUACUCGGACUACGCCUCCGCCUCGCUGUACUCGCCCUACCAGAAGAGGUCAAUCGAGUACGUGGGACCUAUUUUGCAAGCUUUGAACUCGGCAUAUGCAAAAUACGGACACGGCGGCGCCACUCGUUCGAGUUAUGUAAUCAAGAAAACCGCCCAAAAGUAA